GGGAUUUCCAGUUCCUGACAGCUAGAUCUAAUAAACCCCUUGCGUGCAAGAAAUUAAUUCACAUAUUCUGGUCCGUAAGAAUUCUCCGAGAACCACACCACCUCCCCGUUGACCCGUGCGUCAUUCCUGGCAACAGCUUUGCCGCAGAUUAAUUCUACAUCACUAUAUCUGUUAGUAGGACGCCACUUGCUGAAGAAUCACCUCAUAUCCGCAGCGCCCAACUCUCUUGACCCCAUGGCGUCGAUCCUCCGGCAGAUUGUGGCCGGCCCUCGACUACAACAUCCGGAAGCUGGUCUAGAUCUCUGCUAUGUGAGCGAUAACAUCAUCGCCACCUCCGGCCCCUCCUCCAACUACCCGCAACGUGCCUACCGAAAUCCCCUCGACGAACUAGUCAAAUUCCUCGACUACAAGCAUGGCGCCGACUGGUGCAUCUGGGAAUUUCGCGCCGAAGGUACUGGCUACCCGGACUCGGAGGUCUACAAUCGCAUCCAUCACUACCCCUGGCCGGACCACCACCCGCCCCCGUUCGCGCUCAUCCCCGCCAUGAUGGGCAGUAUGUAUAACUGGAUCCACAGGCUGGAUGAGCCAGAUGCGAAGGAUAAGAAGAAUCGAGUCGCAGUCGUUCAUUGCAAGGCUGGGAAGGGCCGCAGCGGGACCACCGCAUGCAGUUACCUGAUCAGCCAGGAGGGGUGGAAAGCGGAGGAUGCACUGCAACGAUUUACCGAGCGACGGAUGCGAGUCGGGUUCGGAGCUGGGGUGAGCAUCCCCAGCCAGCUGCGAUGGGUGGGGUAUGUGGACCGGUGGGCGAACCAAAUGGAGAAGAAGUAUAUCGAGCGGCCGGUGGAGAUCCUCGAAGUGCACGUUUGGGGCCUGCGAGAUGGCGUCAAGGUUGCCGUGGAAGGGUUCAUCGACCAAGGGAAGAAGAUCAAGAAAUACCAUUUGUUCCACCGGAGCGAGCGGACGGUAGUGGACGACGGGGAGUCGAAGACGAUGCCCACGGGCUUCACGACAGACCGUAGUAAUGGAAGCAGUCACAAAAAGCAGCUUUCAUCCGCCGCGACGCUCCCCACCAGCACCGAUAGCCCUUCAUCGGCCACCGACUCGCCCGUCACACCUCCCCCCGACACCUCAGCAAGAACAGACUCGCCCCCCAAACACACCUCCGCCGUGAUCUACCGCCCCAGCAAGCCCAUCAUCCUGCCCUCCUCCGACAUCAACAUCGACUUCGAACGUCGCAGCAAAGCCGCCUACACCGGUUGGGCCAUGGUGACCUCGAUCGCCCACGUCUGGUUCAACGCCUACUUCGAAGGCGGCGAUAAGAACGACUCGGGCGUCUUCGAAGAGGAAUGGGACGCCCUAGACGGGAUCAAAGGCACCACGCGAAAGGGCGUCCGAGCCCUCGACCGAGUCAAGGUCGUCUGGCGAUAUGCCCAAGAGCCGGGCACGCCCCAAGGCCAAUCCAUCUCCGAGCCCAAACCAGGUGAACCCAUCGUAGAAACCCAACCGCCCGACUGGCACAUCCACAGCACCGACACCCCUCGCGAACAGUCCCUUCACGGCCAGGAAAACGUUCCAUCGCAACCCGACAAGAACAAGGACAAAGACAAAGACACAGACACAGACUCCGCUCCAUCAUCAUCAUCAAGACAUAGCCAUGACCACGACCACGACCACGAGGAGCACACCCUCCUCGCAAACAUCAGCACCGCCGCCACCGUUGCCUCCAGCGCAGUAGCCGGUCUAGGCCACCAGCUCGGCCUCCGCAAACAAACCGAUGAAAGCAAAGACGUCAGUCUCGCGGGCAGCGAAGACGAAUCCCAGGGGUCGGCGAGUAGCGGCUCGAAGAUGAAAGCCAAGAUCAAGCACAAGACCAAGACAAAGACUGGGUCAUCGUCCGUUGAGGAAAAUGGCGGUGACAAGGGUCCUAAAUAGAACUAUGGCUCCCCCUACCUGUUAUCCUUUUUAUCUUGGGAUUGGUGUUGCACAUUAUUAUGUAUGAGUAGGAAGGAGUAUGGUGAUUUGUUGUUGCUGUUGUUGUUGUUGUUGUUGUUUCUUAUUCAUUGUUGCUUGAGGAUUUGGUUACACAUAUACAUACAUACAUACAUACAUGUAUAGUAGACAAAACAGACAGACACGGAUUCGGUGUUCAUUGUACAUAGUAUUAUACACGAUUAUAC